AUGUUUUCUCUCAUCUCUUCAUUUCAGAUGCAGUUCAUGCUUCUGUUCAGUCGACAAGGCAAGCUCAGGCUUCAGAAGUGGUACGUGCCUUUGUCUGAUAAGGAGAAAAAGAAGAUCACCAGAGAGUUGGUGCAGACGGUCCUGGCUCGAAAGCCCAAAAUGUGCAGCUUUCUGGAGUGGAGAGACCUCAAGAUAGUAUAUAAAAGAUAUGCCAGUCUGUACUUCUGCUGUGCCAUAGAGGAUCAGGACAACGAGCUCAUCACACUGGAGAUCAUCCACAGAUAUGUGGAGCUGCUGGACAAAUACUUUGGCAGUGUUUGUGAGCUGGACAUUAUUUUCAACUUUGAGAAGGCUUACUUCAUUCUGGAUGAGUUCCUUCUGGGUGGGGAAGCUCAGGAGACGUCCAAAAAGAACGUGUUGAAGGCCAUUGAGCAGGCUGACUUGCUACAGGAGAAUAUAGACUUUCAGAUGCGUCUGUUUGCAGGUGUGAUGGUCCCAAAUAUGGUCUCUGAGUCCUCUGGUCUUUUCCAGAAUUAGGCCUGCUGAGCCCCGUCAUGAGUACUUUAAUGUGCCUGUGUACUGACUGCCUGCCAUCGCUGCUGCUGCUGCCGCCGCUGCUGCUAUCCACCCUGCAUGCUGAGCUCCUCAGUGCCUGGCACCUUUCUCUCUGCCCUCUGAGCACCUGUCAUUGUCAUUGGUUUGGGGGGUGUAACAAUAUUCUCAGCUCCUUAUUCAGUUUGACAGCUAUGAUACGAUAUUGUCUCAAUAUUAUUGAAAACUACAGUAAAUGAUGAAAACAUUUAGGCUGGAUUAGGCAUUUGUUCUUGGAAAUUGAACCUAAAUGGAAAUACCAUCCUUUUAUACUGAAGUUAGUCAUCAGUAUGUGUAUUGAUAAUAUAUUUUGUGGUGAUAUAUUGUUACAUGCCUGUCAUUCGUCCACUUAUUAUUGGUUUCAUCGCAUCACUUGAACACCUCUCUCUGUUAUUGCCACUGUAAAAAAGCAAGUUUGCAUCAUGUGCCAUCAUGACCCAAGAGUAUGCCGUUUAUUUAAAUGUUUAAUUCGAGGUCCACUUACUAGAGGUUCCCCGGAGCUUUCAACCACUUGAUCUUCAUCAUGGUAGGGACAUGCAGCUUAAAGUGGACCUUGUGUUUAGAAUUGUUAAUAUUUGAAUAUUUUUGAGUUUUAAGAGUUUUCUGACCUGUUUCCGAGGUCAAGAAUGAACCUGAAACUUUAGCAAAACUACCAGCAGCUAAUUAUUUAAAACCAGUUGAAACCAGCUGCUGUGGUUUUUGUGGUUGAAAGACGUCAGUACACUAUUUGAUCAGGAUGGCACCUGACCACUGGUUUAACACUGGUCACGUUUAUCUCACUGAGCUGUCAGAUUUAAUUUACACAGGACAAAUCCUAAUCAAACUGAUGGCUGUUCUUCACAAAAGUCCCAACUUCUUUCUCUGUUUAUCUGUGCCACUCAAACUAUGCAGAGAAAGUCCGCUCCCUGUGGUGCACAAACGUGCCUGAUAGGGUUCAAGUACACAGAAUACCAAAUACCAAAGCAUGAGUAUUUAAGUUUAAACAACUGAAUCUGAAUUCGGAUGUUACUUAAACACAGAUUCCAGACUCAUCACCUUCACACUUAAGUUACUGUUACGUCCAAGAGGUGUUCAUCUAAUCAGUUUAAUAUUUCAUAUUUUUAUUGGUCCCCUCAUUGGUUUUUUGUGACUGGAUUCACAUUACGUCAGCCAUGGGUGGGAAGUGGAUGCAAUGGAAGUCAUGUGUUACCUGUUCCUUAACAUGUUUUAUCAUGUAGAUUUGUCAGUUACAGUUUUGAAUUUAUCGUCUCACUUCAGAUAAUAAGUGUUUGAAUCUUAGGUAUCGUCCUUGUGAUUUCUAGGAGUUGUCGUUAUAAUAAUUAAAAUCAGAACACAGCACACACUAGAAGACCUUACAGCUUUUCAACAUUGUAAAUGUUAUUUUUAAAUCUUUUUAAUUAUUUAUAGACCUUUCCUAUUUAAAUAAGUAGCAAGCCCACUCUCAAGGUAAGUGGUGUUUAAUGGGAUUAAUACUAAAUAAAUAUUAGCUCUUUGCACUAAUUAACUAAGGGCUCUUCUGGCUUUCUACGUUCUAAUGAUAAUAGACAUUUAAACACACUUUCAAUAAUUAUCCUUACAAAUUAGUUUCUCAUAAAUGGAUAUUGACUAAGCACUUAAAAUGUUUUAUAUGUUCUGUCAUUGUUCAUCUGUGUCCCACUACAAAAACAAACCGUUAAAUAGAAGAUAUUUUAUCAAUGUAUAUAAUAGAUAUAAUGAAUAAAUGGUUUAUGAUUCUUUGUCAAUUAAGUACACUGGUGUUUUUCUUCAAUAUAACUGAUUUGUCUCUGUGUUUAUGGUGUUUUUCCCCCACAUUUGACACCUUUGAAGUUCAGGCUGACAUUUAGCAAUUUUGUUUUUACUGCAGCUGUUUUUCUUCUGUGUCAGAAACAAACCAGUUAGUCUCAGCGCUGAAUGGUGCUAAGCUCCAUUUGCUUUGCAGAUGAAGAUGUUUAGCCUACAUAAUAGGUGACAAGGGAUUCCUCAUUCCAGCAAAAUUGACCCCAAGACUGAAAAGUUUAUAAUUGGUGAAUCAUUCAUAGUUUAUAUUUCAAAAUCUGGGCUGAACAUGUUGCACUGAAAAUGAAAUGACACUUCAGGAGUCACUGUGCAGAAGUGGGUUGUUUUCCUCUUAUUACAUAAAGCACGAUUUCUGUCUCACUGCUCUGAUGCAACUCCUCUCUUUACUUUGUGCUGAACCUUGUUUUAGGAUGCCAAAGAUGCAGAGACCCCGCGCAGUGUACUGGAGGAAAUUGGACUGACAUAAACGUGGUCCUCAUCAUCGUCCACUCGCCACACUCUCCUUCAUCUGCCAGCUGCUCUGCUGGAUGUAGCUGAUAACAACUCCCCUUCACCUUUGAGCACACCCAGCCUCACAAUCACACACACACACACACACACACACACACACACACACACACACACACACACACACACACACACACACACACAACUCUGCCUUUGUUUUGUACUUUUUUUUUUAAACAACGUAGCACUGUUUUGGGUAUUUCCUCCUGAGUUAUUUAUUUGUUCCAUGUUAUGACUUAAACUGUCACUGAGGAAAAGUGCAGCAUAAUUAAGGUUUUCAUUUUUUGCUGCUUUCCAGUCCACACCAAGAUGCUGUACUGAGUGAACUGCUUGAUUUCUAUUUGACCAAAGCUAAUGAGGUAACUCUAUUCUGUGAAGUAUAUUUAAUGAACUUUAAUGAACAUAAUUUCAAAUGUGUUAGAUAUAUCUAUAUAUAUAUAUAUUAUAAAAUAGGUUAUAUUGUAAAGGGAAGUCAAAAGUAUUACAUUAACAAAACCAAAGAGUUAUGUUUAAUCUUGCCUUUGUUUCUUUAACAUGGCAUUAUAUUGCAUUGCAUUACCAUUGACCAUAGUUUCAAGCACAACAUAUACAGUACACACUCACCGUACUUACACUGUAAAUGCACCACUGCAGUGUGGAUGGAAGAGUGUAAAGACAGACAAUGUUGUCAUAUAAUGAGUAUUCAGUCUCAGUUUACAGCCCAUUAUCAUUCUAAUGGCAGGAUCCCACUAAAUGUUUAAUAGUUUAACCCAUUCAGAACCCAAUUAUGUUCCAAACACACACAAAAAAAUACUGUGAUGGUGGAUUUCUCCUCUAAAUGCACUCAUACAUCACUAACAAUAAAAACAUUUUAUACUUUAUUAUUUGUGGGCAGUGGAGCCACAAUGUGUGUACAUUAAAACGUCUCAAAACGAUUCAUAUUCAGGCGAUUAUGCACUAAUGAAAACAUACCUAUGAAUAUUAUAUUACAUUUCUGCCAAUAGAUCCUCCUAAAUGUUACACACUGGACCUUUUAAGAGACAAAAAACAUUAAUGAGUCAGUGUACAUAAUCAGCAGGAUACAUUAUAAGCUGGUUGUAUCAUUAGAAAUCACAUCAGAAGAGUCAAUAUAAAUCAAAACAGUAUUUCCCUAUUCAUUUCCCUUCAAAUCCUAGAAAUCUUUCAUAUGAUAUUUUGACAUAGGCCUAUAUAAGUAUAAGUAAUGUAACAUUUCUUUAAUAGAUGAAAGUGUGCCUCGCGGCCGCCAUGGUUGCUGCGGAAAGGGGGUGUGGCUCUUGUGCAGUCCACUUUAAAAGAUGCGGAACACUGUGAUUAGUUUAAAGACAUCCAGUCAAAUUAGUUUGUGCAUUUGGGUGGAGUCAGAUGAAAAUGAUCAUAUGUCUAGACAUGCUGGAAAAGUUACGUUCAUUGGAAUGGAUGGGGAUCUGAACGGGUUAAUCACUGAAUAAUUCAAUAGAAUUUGUGUGCCACUGCGAUGUAGCAGGUAAAUACACUGAGUUUAUUCUAUUACUGUAUCGUGUGCAAAAACUAACUGGACUGUUCUUUGUGUUUUCUACUGUGCUUCUCAUUUAGUUGGGGUUUUUUGGAAAGAAAACAACUUUGGUUUACAUAUAAAAUAUCUAAUCAGUGUUCAAUUUGAGACACAAGAUGUUUUCACUUAAAGCUGCAUGAAUCACAGUCCAGACACACAGCCCUGAAAAUGUAUUGCCUUAUAAAGCUGUUGUGGAUAACAUGUUAGCAAACAAUGAUGGAGCUUUGAUUUGAUCUCAACCAACAAGCCACCCCUUUUCACAUUAUGCUCGUUCCAAAAAAUAUUGAUUAUUGCAGCUUUAACUUUACACAUUAUGUACAAUACGUCACAGAAAUUCAUCAUAGAAAUGGCGUCAUUUGAUUUAAGAGAAUAGGAGAUGAGAGAAUUUUUUGGAGCAUAUUUUAAAUGAACUGUUUCCCUUUUUAUCUUUACACUGUUGAUAUUUUAGUGACAAACUUGUGCUAAUCAUACAGACCUCUGACCGGUGUGACAACCUAAAGCUGAGGCACUUCUGCCAGAGUAUUGAGCUUUACAACAACUACUCUUUCAAAGCCGUUUCACUGUCUACCCCACAUUGGUAGAGAUUUAAUACAACAACAAAGACACUUUGGCCUCUGACAUGCUGUACAGCACGUUAACUACUUUCUUACUACUGUGACUCUGAAAACUGAAGAGCGCUCAAGAGACCGUGCAUAAAAUAGCAAUAGCGUCAUAAACUGUAGCAGAGUAUGAGAUUUUCUUUUCUUUCUUUUUAUGAGCCAAAACUAAAAGUAGGUUCCAGAUGCCUGGUUGGAGAAUUUAAAAAAAAGAAACUUGCCACAGACACACAUAAAAUGCCUUGGACACAGGACUGUACAAAUAUCAUAAAUUCUAUUUCUGUUUUAUGUUCAUAUACAGUUGGUAUUAUGAUUAUUUUGGGGGGACUUUUUACACAUUUUUAAUUGAUAUGGGUAACUCAAGAUAGACAGGAAAUGGGGGACAGAGGGAGGGCGAUGACAUGUGGCAAAGGUCCACAGGGUGGAAUCAAACCGGGGCCGCUGUGGUAAAGAGUCAGCCUUAGAAUAUAAGAUAUAUUUUUCCUGAAACUUUAUUGGUUUACCAUUUUGCAACUUCUUCUAGUUAUUUGACAUGUUAAAAUAUUGGAAUGCCUGUUACCUCUUUUGUAUAACUUUCAUGUAUGUAUCAUUUGUAUACAUUUCAUGUAUAAUUUAUUGUGUAUAAUAUAAUGUGCAGAUCUGUCUCAGAGGUGUGACUGAUCUAUGGCAUUCUCUACUGUGUGUUGGUGAAGUUACAGCAUGAAUGCAACAGCUGUAUUACAUUACUGGACUUGUGUUUACUUAUAGAGGGUAUAUUCUGUUGUUUCCUGUUACCCUUUCUGAAAUGGAUAAAAGUUUGUGUUUUCCUGUCAAGUUCAGCAAUAAAGAGCACUCUAGUGGCAGAGAGGCUGUACUGUCACAAA